AUGCCUUCACGAAAGCCCAGCAAAUAUGGAAACAAAUUCCGGUCAAAGGCCGCUUCGUUCAAACCCAAGCGGGCAAAAACAGUCGAAUUUUCUUCCCUCCGGUCGACAGAAGCUACCUCCCAAGAUGAGAAGUUCGAGGCAAUUCGGCUGGCCAACAGUAUCGACGAGGCCAUGGGCUUUCCCCGAUUCGAGGCCGGCGAGAAGAGGGAGGGUUGGCUGAUUAAUAUGCACAGUACUUCCAUUGAGGACCCUAAUGUUCCCGGAGGCCGAGCCGGUGUGGAUUUCUAUUUCCUCGAGGACAAUGGGGGCAGUUUCAAGGCCACCGUGGAGUACGAUCCUUACUUUCUGAUUGCAGUGAAAGGAGGGCGCGAAGCAGAAGUCGAAGAAUGGUGUCGAAGGAUGUUCGAAGGCCUGAUCAAAAGCAUCAAACGGGUGGAAAAAGAGGAUCUUCAGAUGCCGAACCAUCUCCUCGGACACCGGAGGACGUUUCUGCAACUCAACUUUGCGAAUGUAGGCAAUCUGCUGGAGGUUCGGAAAACGAUCAUGCCUAUCGCCGAGAAAAACAAGAAGAAUGUGACGGAAAUGGAUACUUAUGCGGAGAUGGCCAGGGCAAAUGCUGGUUUUGAUCUCUUUGAUGACGAAUUGACUAAUGACCCACGACCUAAUGCCACGUUGAAUGCGAGUGAUUUUAUAAUUGAUAUUCGAGAAUAUGAUGUUCCUUACCACGUCAGAGUUGCUAUUGACAAAGAUAUCCGUAUCGGAAAGUGGUACACUGUGGAGGCCAAGCAUGGCGUUAUCACAUUGACGUGUAUUGAAGAACGACUUCAGCGAGCUGAUCCUGUUGUUCUUGCAUUCGAUAUUGAAACGACCAAACUACCUUUGAAAUUUCCCGACGCAGUAAUCGAUCAGAUCAUGAUGAUUUCCUAUAUGAUUGAUGGCAACGGAUUUCUCAUUACAAACCGGGAAAUCGUCUCAGAAGAUAUCAAUGACUUCGAGUACACUCCGAAGCCCGAGUACAGCGGUCCCUUUGUGAUCUUCAAUGAGCCCGAUGAGCGCCAUGCCAUAGAGCGAUUUUUUCAACAUAUUAAAGAAGCGAAGCCGACAGUUAUCGCGACAUACAACGGUGACUUUUUCGACUGGGCCUUCGUUGAAGCACGAGCAAGCGUCUUAGGGAUCGAUAUGUAUACUGAGAUUGGCUUUAGGAAAAACAGCGAGGACAUCUACCAGAGCAACCAUUGUGUUCAUAUGGACUGCUUCGCCUGGGUCAAUCGAGACAGUUAUCUUCCGCAGGGUAGCAGAGGCUUGAAAGCGGUUACUGUUGCCAAGCUGGGCUAUGAUCCCGACGAGCUGGACCCCGAAUUGAUGACACGAUAUGCCAGCGAACGCCCACAGACAUUGGCAGAAUACUCGGUCUCUGAUGCCGUUGCCACUUAUUAUCUCUACAUGAAAUACAUUCAUCCAUUCAUCUUCUCCCUUUGCACAAUCAUUCCCCUCAAUCCCGAUGAUGUUCUGCGGAAAGGUACGGGAACGUUGUGUGAGAUGCUUCUUAUGGUACAAGCAUACAAGAGCAAUAUCAUCCUUCCCAACAAGCAUAAAGAUCCGCCAGAAGCCUUCUACGAAGGACAUUUGCUAGAUUCGGAAACCUACGUCGGCGGUCAUGUUGAGAGUAUCGAAUCGGGCGUUUUCCGGAGUGACAUACCAGUCAACUUCUCUAUCGACACGAAGGCCAUCGAUGAAUUGCUCAACGAUCUGGACGCCGCUCUCAAAUUCAGUAUUGUUGUCGAGGAGAAGAAGUCCUUGGAUGACAUCACCAACUAUGAGGAAGUCAAGUCGCAGAUCGCAGAACGUCUGCUCAAUCUGAAGGCGACGCCGAACAGGAACGAAAGACCGCUGAUUUACCACUUGGAUGUUGCUUCUAUGUAUCCCAACAUUAUGACAACCAAUCGUUUGCAACCUGAUUCGAUGAAAAAGGAAUCAGACUGUGCCGCUUGCGACUUCAACCGACCCGGCAAGACGUGUGAUAGGCGACUUCCCUGGGCAUGGCGAGGCGAGUUUCUCCCCGCAAAGCGCGAUGAGUACAACAUGAUCCGACGCGCUGUGGAAAACGAAAAGUUUCCAGGCAAAGGCAAGAACGCACCAAUGCGCUCGUUCUCUGAUCUGAGCGCGGAGGAGCAAGCUGCCAUUGUCAAAAAGCGACUGCAGGACUACAGCAAGAAGAUCUAUCACAAGAUCCACGAUAGUAAAACGGUCGUGAGGGAAGCCAUCAUCUGUCAACGAGAGAACCCUUUCUAUGUCAAUACGGUGCGCAGCUUCCGUGACCGGCGAUACGACUUCAAAGCAAAACAGAAGGUAUGGAAGGGCAAAACUGAGACCCUGAAGGCUGCAGGAGCACCUGCUGCAGAAAUCGAGGAGGCGAAAAAGAUGAUUGUCUUGUUUGACUCCCUACAGCUGGCGCACAAGGUUAUCUUGAACAGUUUCUACGGUUACGUGAUGCGUAAGGGAUCCAGGUGGUAUUCCAUGGAAAUGGCGGGCGUCACAUGUCUUACAGGCGCUCAUAUCAUCCAAAUGGCAAGAGAGCUUGUUGAACGAAUCGGUCGUCCUCUGGAGCUCGAUACCGAUGGUAUCUGGUGUAUGCUUCCGGCAACCUUUCCAGAGAAUUUCGCGUUUACGUUAAAGAAUGGGAAGAAACUGCCGGUCUCCUACCCUUGUGUCAUGCUCAACCACAUCGUCCAUGGCAGGUUUACAAACCACCAAUAUCAGACUCUGGUCGACCCUGUGACGUUCAAAUAUGAAACCCACAGCGAUAAUUCUAUCUUCUUCGAGGUUGACGGACCAUACAAAGCUAUGAUCUUGCCUGCUUCCAAAGAAGAAGAUAAGAAUUUGAAAAAGCGCUAUGCUGUCUUCAACCAUGACGGUUCCCUUGCUGAGUUGAAGGGAUUUGAAGUUAAGCGCCGAGGCGAGCUGAAACUGAUCAAGAUUUUUCAGACUCAAAUCUUCAAAUUCUUCUUGGAGGGAUCGACUUUGGCGGAAACCUACGCUGCCGUGGCUCGGGUAGCCAACAGGUGGCUAGAUGUUCUCUAUGAGCGUGGGGCCACGUUGGCAGAUGAAGAGCUCAUCGAUCUCAUUUGCGAGAACAGAAGCAUGUCAAAGACUGUCGACGAGUACGGAGGCCAGAAGUCGACCUCAAUUACCACCGCAAGGCGCCUGGCGGAGUUUUUGGGUGAGCAAAUGAUUAAGGACAAGGGUCUCAACUGCCAAUAUAUUAUAUCUGCAAAACCCAAGAAUACCCCUGUCACCGACAGAGCGAUCCCCAUUACUAUCUUCUCGGCAGAAGAGAACGUGAAGCGAUUUUUCCUUCGGAAAUGGCUGAAGGACGAUCCCGGUGAUAUGGAUCCCAGAUCGGUGAUUGAUUGGGAUUACUAUAUCGAGAGAUUGGGAUCAGUUAUCCAAAAGUUGAUCACUAUUCCAGCUGCUUUGCAGAAGCUCCGCAACCCGGUUCCCAGGGUUCCACAUCCUGACUGGCUCCAGCGACGAGUCAACACCAGGGAUGACAAGCUCAAGCAGAAGAAGAUGACUGAUCUAUUCGAGAAGAACCCAUUGUCUGAUCUGUCAGCCAAUAUCUUGGAACAUCGUGUUCCCCACUCGAGUGACAUCGAAAAUGUCACGACGCAGUCUGCGGAGAAUCAAAAGACAUCUCCGCCCAGUAAGACGUCGCAGAAGAGAAAGCUGCCCGAGGGCCCUUCGACAACAUCUCUUGAUCCUUUCGCUAGCCUGCCCGCGACAAUGCCAUCAAUGACGGAGGACUACCAAGGGUUCAUUAAGUAUCAAAAGCAGAAGUGGAAGAUUCAGAAACAAGCUCGUAUCCGGCGUCGCCAGCUUUUCGGUGAGAGGUCAAACGUUGCAACAGACUCGUUAAGCCACUUCUUCCGGAAUCAAGCGGAAUUAUUAUUCAUCAGCACUUGGCAAGUUCUCCAGCUUCGGGAGACUGAUAUGCCUGGUGAAGUGCGAGCCUUCGUUUUAAUUGAUCGCAAAGUGCACGCCCUCACUGUUAAGGUUCCCCGUCAAAUAUUCGUCAACCUGAAGGGUGAUUCCUUGCCCGAUGUGGACGUCCCUGGCUGCGAGGUAGAGAAGGUGAAUCACACCUUGCCGAAUGGCCAUCCAUCUGUCCACCUCUUCAAGCUUACCUUGUCUGAAGACACCUACUUGAGAGAGGCUGAGAAGAUGGAAGUUCUCCUCAAUCAUCCAAGUGUGGAGGGCGUUUACGAGAGGAAUGUUCCUUUGAGUGUCCGGGCUGUGUUGAAGCUGGGCAGCUUGUGUACCUUUGACGAGAGUCAGCGAGGAGUGCUUGGAGAGGGGUUGGACCGUGGGUUUGAACUGUCGUCCUUACUUCACGCAUCAUCGGACAAGCCCUAUUUGGAUGCGUCACCCCUGACUUACUACUAUCUGUACCAUGUUGCCUCUGGCGAUAGACAGAUCUUCGCACUUUUCUCAACUACCAGGGACGUGGCCCACAUUGUCAUUUUGAAUCGGACGCGGGAUGCACAAGGUCUCCCAAACGUUGACAAGAUUUAUUCGGAGCUCCUUACUCGUAAACUUCAGGCCAAUGAAGCAGAAAACACGGCAAAUGCGUUCGAAUACCAAGAGAAAAUCCACUUCAAGACUGUCCAAGUGACGACGCUGAGAAAAGCACACCUUGAGGUGGGUGACCUGGUGAAGAAAUUACGGAGCGAGGAAAGCCAGCCAGUGGUACUCGUGAUUCAAUCACAGCAAAGACGGCGGUUAUGCCACGAUAUACCGAUCCUGAAAGAAUACCCAGUUCUCUCAGUCAAGCCUGAGACGUCGGACAUGGAUAUGCCGCCUCUGGGAUGGCAAUCCUUUGUCGCAAAGCGACUGGUUACUCACUACCUCUACCUGAGCCCUUGGAUCCAUCAUUUGACUAUGCUGGCACGGUACGGGGACGUGCCUCUCUGCAAUCUGGAAAGCGAUGACCCUCGAUAUCUGAUCGACAUUUCCUACGCAAGACGGCUGCAGCAAAGUAACGUUGUCCUAUGGUGGUCUGCAGGACCACGGCCAGAUCAUGCCGGCUAUGAGAAGGAUGACGUCCUGGGUCCCCUGGAGACCGUCGAGAUGCCGUCCAUUAACGUGCCAGGCACGUAUUCCACGGUGUCCAUUGAGCUUGAAGUUCGAAAUCUGGCGAUCAACACCAUCCUCACAUCAUCUAUCAUCAACGAAGUCGAAGGUAGCGACUCACUUCUUGCUCCCACUAACGGCGUGAGUGAUGGAACGGGUGUCCUCUACUCGGAGAAGGCCUUUGCAUCUGCUGGUGUGUACGUUCUACGUGACAUGGUUAAGCAAUGGUGGACAGAAGCCUGCGCCGGGAAUACCAUGGCGGAUAUAAUGGUCCAGCACUUGAUCCGAUGGGUCGAGAGUCCCAGUUCGUGUUUGUACGACCGCGCUUUGCAUUACUACGUCCGGAUGAUGUCGAAGAAGUCCUUCCAAAAACUGAUGGCAGACUUCCGUCGGGUGGGCUCGAAUGUGAUCUUCGCGAGCCCGACGCGGCUGCUCCUGCAGACGACGAAGACGGAAGUGGGCAACGCCUACGCGUACAGUCAAUACGUUCUGAAGUCGAUCCGGGGGGAUGCGGCGUUCCACUUUAUCGACCUCGAGAUCAAAGAAUACUGGGACUUCUUGGUUUGGUAUGACGAGUACAACUACGGCGGCAAAGGAUGCCGAGAAGUCGUGGAGGCAGAGGCUCAGCAACUGGAAACCAUCAUGCACUGGCAGAUGAGUCGGUUCCUUCCUGCUCCGAUGCAGAGUGUCUUCCAUGACUGGGUUGUUGAAUAUAUCGAGCUGAUGCAUAGUCUCAAACGGGGAGACGGCGCAGACGGCGAUAUUUCCUCCACACCGCGACUGACCCAGAUUCCUCGUGGGCCGCUUACGGAGGCAGAUGGAGAGGAAAUUACGUCUAUACUCGCGGAUCGGUUCUCGAAACCGCUGAAGAAGCAAAUUGCCGGUCUUAUUCGACGGCAGCGUGACGAGCUUCUGCACCCUGAAUUGGCCUCCGAUUAUGUCUUCCCGGUUCUUCCAGGGGUUUUGGUGGAUCCGAAUGAGGAAAAUCGAAACCCCGUGCUGGAGUUGGUCAAGUCGCUCAUGCAGGUGCUGAGCCUGUCGAAGAUCACGACCCUGGAGACACGUCUUCUCCGACGCGAGCUGCUCGCGCUCUUCGAGGUACGCGAAUUCAGCAAGGAAGGCCGGUUCGAGCACCCCAGCGCCAGCUUGAAGCUGCCCGAGUUGACCUGCAGCGCCUGCUGCUUGAUCCGUGAUCUGGAUCUGUGCCGGGAUGAAGAUGUCCUCCCUGACCCGGAGUUCGACGGCGGGAAAGGAGCUCCCAAGGCCUGGCGGUGUCCGUUUUGCCAGACUGAGUACGACCGGCUGGCGCAGGAGGAGAAGCUGAUCGGCCAGGUUCAUGGACUCGUGGUGGCCUGGCAGACGCAGGAUCUGAAAUGCUCCAAGUGCGGUGGACUCAAGGUCAGCGCGUUCAUGGAGCACUGUUCCUGCAGCGGCACCUGGGUUGCGACCAUGGAUCGGAACGAAGUGAUGAGGAAGCUGCGCGUCAUGGCGUUGGGGGAAGGGAAAAGGAAUUGCACUGGUUGGGCGUUUGACAAGGGAGCAUUGAUCGACGUUGACGUUGAUGUUGAUGUUUACUCUAUUUUGGGGUCUUCAUGCAUGGAUUGGAUAAUGAAAUCAUACUAUACCCGAGAUAAUCUCAGAACUUUUUGUGUCAUGGUGAUAGAAUAUAGCGGUGCAUUCAUGAUUGAGAAUACUUCGGAUAUAUUGAUACCUCCUGUUCUAAAGCCCCCGCAAAGCCUAUGCAGUAUAUUUUGUGUGUGGGGAUUCCUUAUGGUUAGUUAG